AAAUUUCUAAUGUUUAGAUUAUUUUCACUUUAGAACUUUUGAUUGGGAUUGGGGUUUUAUAUUGGUGUUCAAAUCAGAAUUUGGGUUUGUUGAUUUUCAAAUGUUUGUGUUUGUGGAACUGAAGUUGAAAUUUUGGGCAGGAAACACCGUUUAUGACAGGGCUGGUUGUGGCUGCAGCAGCUUAUGCAGGUAGAUAUGUUAUCCAGGCCUGGCAAGCAUUCAAGGCUAGACCGGCUGGGAUGUGUAAAUUUUAUGAAGGUGGUUUUCAUGCUACCAUGAAUAAGAGGGAAGCAUCUCUCAUCCUUGGUGUUAGCUGUAGGCACUGUGGCAUCAGUGAGAAGUGCACGCCAAUGAUGCGACGUGGACCUGAAGGGCCAAGAACCCUCUGCAAUGCUUGUGGACUUAUGUGGGCAAAUAAGGGAGCUCUUAGGGACCUAUCAAGAGCUGCAACCUUGCCAACACACAAUUCUCCACUAAACAAGAAUGAGAGUCAAAAUUUGGAGAACAAUCAGAUAGUGCUUAGAGAUGCUGCUGAAUCAUCAUGACAGACCUUAUAUCGCAUUACACUUACAUUACGGCGAUCCACAGUGGUUUCUCCAACUAAAUUGUUGGAUUCACACUCUAUUUGCUAGCUGGUGAGUUUUUUCUUAUACUUGUAGCUGUUUGAUGCAUAAGUAUAUUAAAUGGUUUGCUUAAAAUAAUUAGAAAAUGAGUCUUCUUUGUUGGUAGAAUGGGGCUGUUUCGAGCAUUUUUUUUCUGUUAGUGUUUGGAUUGCAUUGAAUACUUACACUAUCUAAUGUAUGUAUUCUUAAGCUUCUUGAUGUUCACUAGUUAGUAUUAGUAUAGUGAUAGAAACUGAUACCAAACAAUAUAAUUUAAUAGUAUAGUUUAAAUGUGAGGUGCAUUCUAUUAGUAGGAAUUGGUCCCUUGGUUUAACAUUUUUCCACUUUCUGGAUAAGUAAUAUUGGGGUAGAUAGUGGAUAUACUCAAAACUAAGUGCGGAAGAAGCAACCUUUAUCUUCUGUAAACUACUCGACUGUUCAAAUGUUGCAACUUCCGCGCAGCCGAAUAAGGUUAAAAAUCAUAAUGCUGCUGCAAUUGAUGACAUUCUGCAAUUGAUUCUAGGUUGUAUGUAAACAGAGACAGGAUACACGGUUAAAGGCUUUGAGUUAGGAUUAGAGGGUCCAAACAAUGUUGCAGCUGACCAACAAUUAGUUAGUAUAGUUGGAGUUGCGACCGAGUUAUUAGAGGCAAGUAGGGGAAAGUUAGGGGAAUCAAAAGGAACAUGUUGUAGAGUGAAAUGUUCAAAUGCCAUCUCUGAAAAUCUGAUUGAGAUUCAACACCUUUCUUUUGUUACAUUCUGCACAAAUUCCUUUUUUUGUUCUCUUUAUCUUUGUAUAGCAUUAACAAGCUUCUAGCUUUUGUCAAACAGAAAAGUUCCUCAACUCUACUGAAAAUGGCAAGAGAUGAAGAACAUGGAAUUUUACUUUCUGCUAUACAAUAUGAAUGAAUAGUGACAGUUCCAACCAAACAUGAAAGUCUCACAAGAAUAGUUCUUAUUAAGUUAUAGUAUUUUAUUCCCUCAUAAAUCAUUUGACUGUUGAAAGUGAUAUGAACAAUAAUGGUUUGAACAGAACAUGAAUCUUAUCCUAAUAUUUGGUAU